GCUAGUAUCUCGGUGAAAGUGGUUAAGAGAACGUUCAUUUUUUUUAUAAGCUGCUCAAGGUUGCGUUAUAUAUUUUUUUAUAAUGCCUGAAGUAUCUCAAGAUGCGUUUGAGGUUAACCAUCCUUUAGAACCUCUUCUAACGCCCGAAAUAAUGCGGGCUAGGGCUAAUACAUUGACAAUCGACGAUCCAUUUUCUAAAAGGGAAAGGUGUGAAAGUGAUGUGGAAGAUUUCGAUUAUAAAUAUCAUUUUCCUGGUUUUGCUGCCGGAUUCAAAAGAGAAAUAGGUCACAGAAUAUUCGUUAACCGGAGCCUUCAUCUCGAAAAUAUCAAAUUCUAUGGAUUUGAUAUGGAUUAUACUUUAGCAGAAUAUAAAUCUCCUGAAUAUGAAAAAUUGGGUUUUGAUCUAGUAAAAGAACACAUGGUGUCAAUAGGGUAUCCACAAGAAAUUUUACAAUUCGAAUAUGAUCCCACAUUUGCAGUUAGAGGACUAUGGUUUGACUCGUUGUAUGGUAAUUUAUUAAAAGUUGACGCAUAUGGAAAUAUUUUAGUUUGUGUACACGGAUUCGAAUUUUUAAAACAUUCACGUGUUUACGAAUUGUAUCCUAACAAAUUUUUAACUUUGGACGAAUCUAGAGUAUACGUAUUGAAUACAUUAUUUAAUUUACCAGAGACUUAUUUGUUGGCUUGCCUGGUCGACUUUUUCACCAAUUGCAAAGAUUAUACGAAAAUCGAAACAGGAGUAAAGUGCGGGGAACUUCUUAUGUCGUACAAAUCUAUAUUUCAGGAUGUAAGAAAUGCAGUAGACUAUGUUCAUUUACAAGGUGAUCUGAAAAAUAGGACAAUCGAAAAUUUAGACAAGUAUGUGAAAAAAGAUGAACGUCUUCCAAUGUUUUUGAGUAGGUUAAAAGAAAGUGGCGCCAAAACCUUUCUGUUAACAAAUAGUGAUUAUAUGUAUACUGAUAAAAUUAUGACUUAUCUUUUCGAUUAUCCUCAUGGACCAAGGCCCGAGGAUCCUCACAGAAACUGGAUAACCUACUUCGAUAUUGUAGUCUGUGACGCUCGCAAGCCACUUUUCUUUGGCGAAGGUACGAUUCUUCGUCAAGUAGAUACUACAACAGGAGGUCUUCGCGUUGGUGUCCACACUGGACCUCUUGUAUCAAAUCAUGUUUAUUCUGGAGGAUCCUGUGAUGUUUUUACUAAAUUCAUAGGUGCUAAAGGGAAAGACGUGUUAUAUGUUGGUGAUCACAUUUUCGGAGAUAUUCUGAAAAGUAAGAAGAUAAGAGGUUGGCGUACAUUCCUUAUUGUUCCGGAAUUAGUUCGAGAAUUACACGUGUGGACUGACAAAUGUCAAUUAUUUGAAGAAUUACAAGGAUUAGACAUAAAAUUAGGAGAAAUGUACAAGAAUUUAGACAGUAGUACAAAAGAAAAACCGGAUAUUUCAAAAGUUAGGGCAGCUAUUCGGGAUGUCACACAUAAAAUGGAUAUGUCCUAUGGAAUGAUGGGUAGCUUGUUCAGAUCGGGAUCAAGACAAACUUUUUUCUCCUCCCAGGUUGUAAGGUACGCCGAUUUAUAUGCAGCUACUCAUCUGAAUCUUUUGUAUUACCCGUUCUCGUACAUGUUUCGAGCACCAGCCAUGUUGUUGCCUCACGAAUCUACUGUUGCUCAUGAACAGCAUUUUGUAAUGGAAAUUGCCAAAGAACAAAAGAAACAAAAUAUGAUAAAUUCAGAAGUGCCAGCAGAGAGUAAAGAAAAUAAGUAUUUGGAGCGAUCUCAAAGCAUAAUCCCACAUGUACGACCAGCAACACCCCAAUCGCUUACACAUACCCACGACGAAGAUUUUUCUGAUGAUGACAGCGAUGAGAAGGGUUCAAAAAGUGAAAAUUGCGACAGUCAUCCUCGAAAAAAUGAGAUAGAUCCCUGUUCAGAGUGCUGCUGCAACUCAAUUCUACCUUCCUGUUUGGUUACAGGAAAUUGCAGUUGCUGUGAUUGCAAGCAACCGGAAACAACUUGCUCAAACAAAUAUGAUACGCACUGACAAUUUCCAAUUUUAAACAAAAUGUAACAGUUGAAAUGUUUUAAGAGAAUAUCGUUUUUAUAUGUAUGUUUUAAGAAUACUUUAUAUAUAUAUAUAUAUAUAUAUAUAUAUAUAUAUAUAUAUAUAUAUAUAUAUAUAUAUAUAUAUAUAUAUAUUCUAAAGCUGGGAACAUAUAUUAAAAAUAAUGUAGUUUCGUAUUUCAUUACCACAAUAACAUAAGAGUGCUGCGAAAAUGUUAAAACUUGAAGAAUAUUUUCAAGGAAUGGAAUAAAAUCAUUAUUAAUUAAUAGGAAUCACAAUAUAAUGUGUACAUGGUACAUGUAACAUUUGUUUGAACUUACUUUUUAUCGUAAAACUAGUUUGCAAAAGGCGUUUUUCUUUUCACCGCUUUUGGUUUUGUUUUUUCAUUUUAAUUAUUAUUUAUUUAGCGUAUAAUGUUUAGAUUCAUUACGAAUUCAGUGGACUUAUCCCUAUCCUCAACUUUUAAUAAAAAAUCCAAAAUAUUGUUCCCUUCAAUAACAAAUAAAAAAUUUCAAGGUCAUGCGGGAAAAAAUUAGUAAUAAAAAUUAACACCUCAAACACUUUUGUAUUUGAUGUGAUGCCUCCAGCAAUUUCAUGACAAAUAAUGCAAUAUUUUCGUCGGUCGUCAAAUAAAUUGUAAAGUUGUGCACCAUAAAGUUCAUAUUAAAAUAUAACAAAACAUUAUGUUUUAGUGACAAUACAGCAUGGGUGUGUAUAUAAAACACCUUGUAAUUAUUCAUUUUUAAGUUUUCUCGCUUGGUAUUAAUACAGGGACAAUUUGUCGCAUAGUAAAAUAAUGACAACGUAUUUUAUGUUUAUAGUUACGAAAAAUUUAAGAAAAAAAAACAAUUUUAAAAUUAUAGUCAAAAUAAAAAUUUGGCAAUUAUUAAGAAAAUGUAAUUACACAAAACUGGAUAAAAUAAGAAUAGAACUAGAUGGUGCUACAAUCUAAAUUUGAACUAAAAGUAGACUUCGCCUUUAGCAAAGUAGGGUAAUGAUGUAAUGUUUUUUUUCUUAAAAAAUGUUUGAAUAUUAAACUUAUGAAAAUUAUGUUAUUUUCGUAUGAUCUUCUCUCAAAGCCUUUCAAACAAUAAAGUAUCAAAUCAUUUUUAAAUGACUAGUCAAUUGCACAAUUAUCGUUGUAAUUUCACUGAGAAUUUUUUAUAUGUUGCUCGUAAGGUUCAUUAUAUAAAGAUGUGAUGUUUUCAAUUAACUUCUGGAUAGUAAUUUCAAGAUUACAUUAUUUAGCAAUAACUGUAGAUUUGGUUAUUAUUUAUUUCUUGUGUUUUUAAUAUUGAAAUGUUGAAAUGUAAAUAUAAGAAUAAAAUAAAGCUGUUGAACUAAA